AUCAAAAGGCAAAAAACAAAAUGGCAGCUAACAUCAGAGAAUUAUCGUUACGGUUUCACAAAAUUGUUCAGUUUCUAAGACCAGGGUCGUGUUUUGGCAUCCAAGGAAGCCUAAACCUAACAAGGCAGUGCUCAUCUUUGACACCCAGACCACCAUCUUCAGAAGGAGCACUUGAGGAAGAUGAGGAUAGACCCCACAUGCUCCAUGUAGUAUGGAGAACACGCUCUUUAAAGAGGAGACCUUAUUGGGAGAGGAAAAUCAUCCAGCAACUAAUGCUACAGAGGAACGACUUUCCUGUUGUCCACAAAAACAUAGAAAGUGUCAACAUUCUCCUCCGUAAAGUGCGACAUCUGAUACGCGUCAAACCGCUUAGCCUCAAAUACGGUCUGCCAAACGGAGACUACAGUUCCACCCUCCUCAAAUGGAAUGGAGAGUUCAUUGUGAAUAGGAAACUUGAUAACAUUGGACACGAAAUACCAGCUGGAAAAGAGACUAGUGAAUCAAGCAAAGACAAUUUGACUGAGGAGGAGAGUUUAAGAUGAUGAUCUCCUACAAUUCAAUUUUUUGUUUGUUUUUGUAAAUGGUUAUGUGGAGGGUCAGGCGAAGCGGAAUUCCUUACUAUUUCAAGAUGUUUUAAAUUUGCCACAGGGAUGAAAGGAUAUUAUAUGUUUCUACCCGUGCUCAAGGGCACAAGUGUCUUGAGCUCGUAUCCAGGCCUGAUACUUCAAUUAGGCCUGAUACUUCAAGGAGGCA